UCUUGCAGCUCCGCCACCGUGAGCAUUUAAAACCCCUUCGAGCGAGCGUCUCCAACCCCUUCGCGGACCCAAACUGCGGCGGAGCCGAAGGUGAGGCGGCAUCGCAUCCCAGUGAGCCAUGGUUAAGCAUAACAAUGUUGUGCCAAAUGGACACUUCAAGAAGCACUGGCAGAAUUAUGUGAAGACAUGGUUCAACCAACCAGCUCGCAAAACAAGAAGACGCAUUGCACGUCAAAAGAAAGCUGUGAAGAUUUUUCCCCGUCCAACUGCUGGACCUUUGCGUCCUGUUGUUCAAUGUCAGACACUCAAGUACAACAUGAAAUCUAGAGCAGGCAGGGGUUUUACUCUUGAGGAGCUCAAGGCUGCAGGCAUUCCAAAGAAACUUGCUCCAACAAUUGGCAUUGCAGUGGACCAUAGGCGAAAGAAUCGCUCUCUUGAGGGACUCCAGGCUAACGUGCAAAGGCUGAAGACAUACAAAGCUAAGCUUGUCAUCUUCCCAAGGCGUGCUCGCAAGAUCAAGGCUGGAGAUUCUGCUCCAGAAGAACUUGCAACUGCUACCCAGGUCCAAGGCCAAUACAUGCCCAUUGUGCGUGAGAAGCCGACGGUCGAACUUGUGAAGGUUACAGAUGAGAUGAAGUCAUUCAAAGCUUAUGCCAAGCUCCGUGUUGAGCGGAUGAACGAGCGUCAGGUCGGCGUCAGGCUGAAGAAGGCUGCAGAGGCAGAAAAGGAAGAAAAGAAGUAACCAACCAAUCUGGGUGAGGGUCGCAGUUUCCUUGUUGAGACACCUCCGUGAGCUCUUUUCCUGUUUAGUCAACUACAGUACAAUUUAUCCUUUUCAUUCUGUCAGUACAAUUCUUAAUGCUUGGAGCCAUUUGCUUUGACCUUUUUGGUUACUGUUAUGAUAUUGAUUCAAAAUAUCAGCACUGAUAGAAGGCAAUAUCUUUUGUGGUGGAAAUGGAAUGAACAUUUCUAGAAGUGAAAAGAUUUAAGGUUUUAGUA